AUGGAAGCUAGAAAAAGAUUUAUGUCUAUUGAUCCAACUAAGAUUCCAGAUCCUCCAAUGCCAUCCUAUACUUUUGCACUUUACAAUCGCGGUUUAUUUGAAAAGUCAAAGUUCAAAGACUAUGACUCAUUACUUGAAAAUAGGCUUGCUCGUUCUCAAGCUAGAGCGAAGAAUUUGGCUAUGAUUCUCGAGAACAGUAACAUGAUUGGUGAGAAUGGAACUCGGACAAGGCCACAAGGAGCACAUAAGAGUAAAAGGGACAACGGAAAUGUUCCGAAAACAACAAGUCUACAAUUCGCAGAUGGUGAGUAUGUAGCAUCUUUUAUUCUUGGUACUGAUCAACAAACUACAAGGCACUUGCUAAUAGACACAGGCAGUGAUUUAGUUUGGUGGCAAUGUGGGCCAUGUGCAGAAAAUAAGUGUUAUGAACAAAAAACUGAACCUUUAUAUGAUUUAUUUAAGUCAAAAACAUAUCGAAAACUCGAUUGUGUUGCAGAAAGUAGAAAUUGUGUAUUCAAGUCCAAGGUUAUUGACUGUAUUCCGCAAGGUAAUACGUGUAUCUAUGAUUACAAAUACGGGGAUGGAUCAAGAACAAGAGGUUGGAUUGCAAAAGAUGUGAUUACUUUUGUUUUAGACCAAAAUCAGGUAAGCAUUCUUUUUGGAUGUGGCAGAGAUCAAACGAGUGGAUCAGCUUUUAGUCGUGAAUUUUCUGGAAUUGCUGGCCUCGGACGAAGAGAAGUCCCAUGGUUCCCAUCACUGUCGCGGAAUUUUGGAAAUGACAUGACCGGUAGUUGCUUCGUGGAUACAGGAGUAACUGUCACCAGUUUCCCUCAAGAUUUUUAUACAGUAUUCCGUGAUACAUUCAGAAAGGAAGUAAAUAUUCCUGUGUAUGAUGCUCCACUUGGAAAUUUUGACACUUGCUAUAUGGUGGAUCCAGGUGUGGUACCAACUUUCCCCGUUGUGAAGAUGUACUUCGGUCAACAAAACCCAGAAAAUUUGUUGUUACUAGAACAAAAACGAGUCGUGGUUCAUGAGAGGGGGCUAUUCUGUAUGGCUUUUACGAAAUGGGACCAACCCCUCGCAAUUAUAGGAAGUUAUCAACUCCAAGGUAUAGGAUUAACUUUUGAUACAGCAACAGAAACUUUGUCUUUUGAAUUAGAUGCAUGUAGUUAA